GAUAUUUAUUUAUUGAUUUUUUUAACUUCCUUUCAGUGGGACUAAACCAAUUUUCAGAUAUGUCCUUUGAUGAAUUCAAAAAGAACUAUCUUAUGAGAACACCUCAAAAUUGCUCAGCUACUAAAGGCAGUCAUGUUCGACGUGUUGGUCCAUAUCCAAAAUUUAUGGACUGGAGAAAGAAAGGAAAUUAUGUCUCACCAGUGAAAAACCAGGGUGGAUGUGGCAGUUGCUGGACUUUUUCUACCACUGGGGGACUGGAGUCUGCUGUUGCCAUAGCAACUGGAAAACUACUCUCUCUGGCAGAACAACAACUAGUGGACUGUGCUCAGGAUUUUAACAAUCAUGGAUGCAAUGGGGGUCUCCCAAGCCAAGCUUUUGAAUAUAUAAUGUAUAAUAAAGGAAUUAUGGGAGAAGACACAUAUCCUUAUGAAGGAAAGGAUGGCACUUGCAAAUUCCAACCAACCAAAGCCAUUGCUUUUGUCAAAGAUGUGGUCAACAUAACACUUUAUGAUGAAGAAGCUAUGACUGAAGCCGUGGCCCACCAUAACCCUGUCAGUUUUGCUUUUGAAGUGACUGAUGACUUUCUGAGCUACCGUGAAGGCAUAUAUUCCAAUCCCAAGUGUGAUAAAAGUCCAGACAAAGUGAACCACGCAGUGCUUGCAGUUGGGUAUGGAGAAGAAAAUGGAAUACCUUACUGGAUUGUGAAAAACUCUUGGGGUACAUCCUGGGGGAACAAUGGGUACUUCCUUAUUGAGCGUGGAAAGAACAUGUGUGGUCUUGCUGACUGCGCAUCUUAUCCCAUCCCACUAAUGUAACCUGGAAAUACGCAGGGAUGGGCAAAGAUGAAAAAAAAAAAAAAGACAUCGUGUGCCGAAAUACAAUAUAUCAUAAAACCUAAGUGAAUGAACCCUGGGUUUUAAGUUGGCUAUGAGGACUCAAAGUUAGUUGGUAACUAUGAAGUCUCUUGACCUUCUGCCUCAGCUGAGAAAAAGUCCUUAGGGAACUCAGCUUUGUAGAAUAGAAAGUUUUUGAAUCAUUUCUGUCCUCUUAUAACAUCCAUCUAGCAAGGCAGCCAAGGAGGAAUUCAUCCUUUUUCUUACCUUGCUGAUUAAAGCUCUUAGCAAAACAGGGACACUAAGCACCAAACUGCUCCCAGGGAUUUUGAGACAAGCAUUCAAGUGAGUCAAGAGGUAAUAAAAGCACCACUUUUUUUACAUGAAAAACUACACAACACUAUGGUGGCCACUUCAUUCUCAGGUAAUUUUUAUUCUUUUGGCAACAAGCUUCUCUUUUUAAAAAUCAAAUGUAUUUUAAAGUAAUAUGUGAUUUUUUUAAAAUCUAUUUUUGCCACAUGCUAGUUGCUAUUUUAAAAAAAUAUAUUUUGAUAAGAAAUCCAUUUGAUCUACUGGAUACACAUUAGAUUUGAAAUCAUUUUGGCUUAGAGUCAGUUUGAGUCAAGGGUAAAAUUUGACUCAGCUGAAACUGAGGAAACCUGACCACUGAACCACCUUGGCUUUGAGCAGACCUCAGAACCUCUCGCUACCUAUUUCCCCAUUUGUAAAAUAAGGGUGAUGCAUGGGAUAGAAUGAAACAUUAUGUGGAGCUCUUCAAAAUUCUGCCAGCAUAAUUUUCACUUGCCUUACUAAGCAUCACAGCAAUGACACCUAGGAAUUCAUAGCCAAAAUGUCAUUUUAUUGUGGCUGAGAUGCUAUUGCAUGCAAAUAAAGAUACUUGACUAUUUCACAA